AACUCAUAUUACAAUAUCAUGCAUGUUCUAUAACCAUGAUACAACAAUCUUAUUCAAAUAUACUGAAAUAGAUUUUAAAUAUUUUAACAAUAGUUAUUUUUUGGAAUAAUAUCAAGAUAUCGAGGUUCACAUCAAGUGCUGAGAAAUUGGGCCUUUUCGAUUUGAAAAAAGCCCAUACCCAAAAUUCGUUAAACCCAAUUCGCGGCCCAACUAACUUCAUUCACGCGCACCCAACGGUCUUCACUCUUCACUCCCCAGCUCGCCGAGAUCCCCAAACUCCGAGUCCGAACGGCCUCUCCACAAUCGCCGGUUCAUGUCGAGCUCCUCCUCCUCCUCCGCCGCCGCCGCCGCCGCCGACAGCGAAUCGCCGGACCCUCCGCCAAGCCUAAUCCCUGGCCUUCCGGACGACGUCUCUCUGAACAUCCUAGCUCGCGUCCCGCGCUCCCACCACCCGUUCCUCUCCCUCGUCUCCAAUCCCUUCCGCUCCCUCCUCUCGUCGCCGCUCUUCUACGCCGCCCGCUCGAUCUCUCACUCGGCAGAGCCUUUCCUCUACCUCUGCGUCCGCAUCGCCGGAUCGAAUUCGGUCAAUUGGUUCACGCUCUACCGCAACUCCUCAAACCCUAGAAAUGCUCGGAGAAUCCUCGUCCCUCUCCCGCCGCCUCCUUCCGCAAUCGUCGGAUCCGCUUACGUCGCCGUCGGACCCAAGAUCUACGCGAUCGGCGGGUCGAUCGAGGACGUCGCGUCCCCGCACGCGUGGUCGCUCGACUGCCGGUUCCGCACGUGGGAGGCUCUCCCCAAUAUGCACAUUUCGCGGGAGUUCCCCGCGGCGGGCACGGUGGACGGGAAGAUCUACGUGAUUGGAGGCUCCGUCGUGGACACUUGGUCUCGGUCGAGGAAUUGGGCAGAGGUUUUCGAUCCGGCGACGGGGAAAUGGGAAUCGGUAGAGAGUCCGGGGGAGGAAUUGCUGCGGGCGAAAUGGAUGCACGCAAGUGCAGUGAUCGACGGCAGAAUUUACGCUAUGGCGGAUCGGAACGGCGUGGUUUAUGAGCCGAGGAGUGGGAAAUGGAGGAGCGUGGAGAAGAGACUGGAUUUAGGGUGGAGGGGAAGGGCUUGUGUGGUUGAUGGGAUAUUGUAUUGCUAUGAUUACUUGGGGAAGAUUCAGGGGUUUGAUGCAGGGGAAGGUGUUUGGAAGGAGCUGAAAGGGUUGGAGAAGAAGCUGCCGAAGUUUCUUUGUGGAGCUACAAUGGCGAAUGUGGGAGGGAAGCUGGUGGUGGUUUGGGAAGGGAAAGGAGAAGGUGGUGGUGGGCAGAAGAGGAAGGAGAUGGAGAUUUGGUGCGCUGAGAUUGAGUUGGAGAAGAAAGGAGGAGGAAAGGAGUUGUGGGGGAAUGUGAAUUGGUGUGAUGUUGUUCAUAAGGUUCCUAAUGGGUCUUCAAUUGUUCAUUGCCUGGAUGUUGCAUUUUGAUCUCUCAGGCUUCUGCAAUGGUAUGACGAAUCAGGUAUAGCUUGUUUCAAUCUGAAAUUGUAUGUUACAGCUACUUAUCUGAAAUUGAUUGAAUACAGGCUCUUUCGGCGAACCUUAAUAGUAGAUGUGUGCUGGUCAUUGAGAAAGAAAUGGUGAAAGUGAAUGUUCUAGCUCUUAAUUUGCAGCUCAUUAUCUCCAAUGAUGGUUUGUUUAGGAUAGUGGAUGAUGGGAAAUCAAAAAGAUUGUAGCUUUAGGUUGUCUAUGUCUUUGUUGUCUAGCCGAAAGCAUGAAGAGAUGGCUCUCUGGACCAAAAAUGUUACUAAAGGCACUUGUCUGGAAAGAGAUUCUGGAAGAGUAGGACAGGUAUUUGAAUAAAGGUGUAGCUAGUCUUUUAAGGGCUUGGAAAUGACAGACUCAGAGUAGAUGAACUACUGGAAAGCAUUUGAAAUGCAGCUUGAUUAGCAAACUCUUUCAGUUCACAGCUAGUUCUGUAUAGGAUUAAAGCGAUCAUACGCAUAAAAGGCCUCAAAUUUAUCGAUGAUUGCCAUUGUUUCAUACUUCUAAGUAUCAAGAUAACUGGGUUUCUUUCUGAAGUGUUCCUUUCUAUGUUGCUUCGCAGAACCAAGAUGAAUACAUAUGAUAUCUUUGUUCUAUCAUCUUCUGAGAUUAACAUCUCGCCAUAAUCCCAGGCCCUGCCAGCCACGGGGAAUAAGGCGCGUACCAAGCUGUGAUCUCUGUUCUGUACUAUGCAAAAACGGUGGAGCUAUGAACCAGACUGCUGUAACUGUAAAUGUGGGUAGUAAUGAUCUGUUGUAAUUGUUGAGUUAUUAUUAUCAUUGUAAACAAUGCUGGAGGGAAUGGACCCAUGAUGUUGUAGAGUGUCCUGUUACUGUAAUUUGCGAGGUUCUUAUUAUCAAGGUACUCACCCAACCUCGAUUCAUUGUCAUUAAUCCUUGUAAGAACAUCAGCCACCUGAGUACUCUUUGAAAUAAGCAGUGUAGAUAGCAUAGCAGAAAUGGUGAUUCUGAUUGCACAACUCCACACACCAUUAUUGGAGUCAUGGAGAUCUAUUGAAGAUCCAUCAUAUACUAGAAAGUGGAAAUAUUAUCUCUUUGAUCUCAUAUAUUUACUGUGUUGCCAGUAAGAUGCUAAUGGGGAAGCCAUUGUACUCCACUAUAUUUCACUUUACAUUCAAAUAUGUUUACAUUAUCACCAGGUGAGUGCUCGCCAAUUUAAUAUAUAAUGUGUGGGUGAUUGUCAUUCCUAGGUUCGAUUAUUGGUGUUUUUAACUAGUGGUCACAUAUCGCUACAAAUAUGGUCCUGAAUUUGUUUGUAACAAUAAGCUCAAUCAGUCCUCUUAGUACGCUCAAUCAGUAGCAUGUGCUCGCCUAACUACAUGCUUCGUCCUCGGUGUCCUUAAUUCAAUUAGUUUUUCAGCCUCAAACAAUCGGGGUUCAACCCCUUAGCGUGCUUAACUAGUGGUCGCAUAUCUAUACAACGAUCGUCUCUAAUCGGUUGUGCGUUUGUGAUGAAUGACUAACAAACUCGUCAAUUAGUGUGCGUUAGCAUCGGGUCUUACUAAUGGCACUCCAACAAUCAUGUAGGAAAUUUUACUCUUGUACUUCCCCUUGUACUCCUCUCCCAGCCAAAGUUUACUGACUGUGUUUCCCACCAGCUUUCAUUGAUCAUUCUCUUCAUAUUUAUUAACUAAAUAAUAUGAUUAAGCACUAAGAAUCAUUCCCGCAUAAGCAAAUCUGGCAAAAUCAUGCACCCAAAAAGGAUGGAGGUGAAAGCUGUUCACUUUUUAUCUUCUUGUCUCUUGGGUUAUGUUCGAUUAAAGAAUGACAGAAAGUGGAACUCCCCAUUUUGUGCUCUAAACAUUGGUUACUCUACCAAAAGCUAAAAAGAAAAGGACGAUCGAGAAGGCAAAAGGAAGCAUUAAUCGCUAAUGCUAAAUCUUUAACAUUCUCAUCAUGACCAUUGACCACAGGGGAUGCCGACUGAUGCUAAUUUAUUUGCCUCAAUGAUUUUACUAGUUACUCCUCCAAUACGCAUAAGAUAGUGUCGUCUAUUUCUUUGGUACGAACUCUUCAUUCGAUAGUUGAUGAUGAUAAUAUUGGAAGUUUUUCAACUCAUGCCUCUUGUAGCAUUUUAAUGUCUUGUAACCCUCUUUUCUUGGCGUUUUACCACCUCCUUUGAAUAAUAGGGAAAAAAAAGCACAACAAAUCAUUGACAAAUGAUCCAUCACGGUGAAUAUUCUCGAACAUACUUCUUGAUGAUAGGGGAUGAGGAAAGGGACCCCUGAGCUAGGGAAUGACAGGUUGAGAGACUUGAUCAAUGCUAGCAUGACCGGUCGAGUCCCUCAUCGCAAAAGAGCACCUUCUAAAUCCUAUUCAUCAUUCACCACCACCAAUUUUGCUAGCAUGCUCACAACACAAUUGUGAGAACGUGAUAGCGCAUUGGGCGUCGUGUGACCAUCAGAUGAAAGCAGUGACAAUUUCCGUAAAUAAAUUGUCAUCGUUUCCAUCCAACGGCCAGCGGAUUUCCCAACGCACGUCUGGCAGCUGAACUUCUUGUGAGUACGUUCUCAGUCACAAGUACCAUGUGAGCAUCAUAAUCGAGUUGAACCAAUUUUACUAUAAAUUAUCAUCAAUGAAUGAACAUCCCGUAAACGCGAUCUCACUGGCGCCAUGUGAGCACCAUAACUGAAUUGAAUUAGUGUUCCUAUAGAUCAUCAAACCGAGUAAACUCCAAUGAGUACUUAAGCAAUGGAGUGCGGUCUUCAGUUCCCCUUUCCUUUCCUUUCAUCACCACUACUAUCGUUUACAAUUUAUUGUGACCCUUCAAUCUUUCAUCACCUAAUGUGGCGGUGCCCAAUCCCGUUCCUAUUAGGAUUCCACUCCCACCAAUAAGAUUAUAUUUCAUAUUCUUUUUUUUUCCCGUAAUAAUACACUAAAUACUUCAAUCUUCCACGGAAGGCAAAAAAGAAAAUUAAGUUUAAUUCGAACAUUAAAAAAAAAAUCUUGCCAAGUUGGUGUUCUUCCGAAACUCCUAUACCGUAUCGUUGCUGGUACGAAUCAGACUACAGCUUAAACUGGGGGGAAAAUGAAAGCCACAAAUUAAUUAAAGAGGAAAAUAUUGAUAAUGACUAAAGGUUAAAGAGGGAGAAGAUAAUAAAUAUGAAUGAUAAUGAUGGAUGGAGUAUAAAUAUUAACACCUAACCUUAAUUGUUUAGUUCUAGUUUUUUUUUCUUCUUACAUAUAUAACCAUUACUGUUUUAUAUUUUCAUAUAGCAUAUCCAACCAUUAAUAGUUGUUGUUCGAAUUCAAUUCCCAGAGGGCGCCUAUUUGUAUAUUCAUUAUUAAUUAAUAUUUUGAAUAUGAAACGCCAAUAUAGACUACAGUUAUGG